GUUCAUAUAGGAGUUGUUCUCUUGUAUCUCUACCACUGGGAUUCCUGUAUAAUUACAUGUCUAUUGUCCUUGUCAUUAUCAUCCUUUUUGUUAUUGUUUUUAUGUAAAAUUGGCUGUUUAUUGUUCGAAUAGAAAAAUAUGGAAGGAGGAAGUGAAUUGGAUGAUGCUAAGAAGCCGUUGUUGAACAAGAUUGUGAAUGGAAGAGAUGAAGUAGUGCAUUGUCAAUACUCUUUUACAAGUUUGAUGAAUGACUUUCUUUCUAAGCUCCCUCAAAAAGUGCAAAUUGCUUUGGAUCCUGAAUCCCCUUUUGAUUUUAACCUUUCCCAUACUUCUGGGUUGAUUCGAGCGGAGAAGGAGUACUAUGAAAGACAAGUAGCAACAUUGAAGUCGUUUGAGGAGGUAGACGGUUUAGAUUCACCCCUAGACAUCAACGAGGAAGAAGAAGACCAAGAACAAGCCCAACACGAAAGAGCAAUGAACAUUUCCAAUGUAGCCAACAUUAUCUUGCUUGUACUAAAGAUAUAUGCAACUUUAAGAAGUGGGUCUUUAGCUAUAGCAGCAUCAACACUGGACUCAUUAUUAGAUCUGAUGGCCGGUGGGAUUCUUUGGUUCACGCAUUUGUCGAUGAAAAACAUCAAUAUUUACCAGUAUCCUAUCGGAAAACUAAGGGUUCAACCGGUUGGAAUUGUGAUUUUUGCUGCUGUCAUGGCCACUCUAGGGUUUCAAGUGCUAAUUGAAGCUGUGGAAAAGCUGAUAAGGAAUGAACCUUUUCCAAAGUUAACUCAUGAACAGCUUAUCUGGCUCUAUUCCAUCAUGCUUUUUGCUACAUUUGUAAAACUCGCACUCUGGGUUUACUGCAGAAGUUCGGGGAAUAGGAUUGUUCGCGCUUAUGCAAAGGAUCAUUACUUUGAUGUGGUGACAAAUGUUGUGGGUUUGAUUGCUGCAGUUCUUGGUGACCGAUUUUAUUGGUGGAUUGAUCCUUUUGGUGCUAUUGCUCUUGCUGUUUAUACCAUUACCAAUUGGUCUGGAACAGUUCUUGAAAAUGCAGUAUCUCUAGUAGGACAAGCAGCUCCCCCUGAAGUCCUGCAGAAACUCACAUACCUUGUAAUAAGGCAUCAUACUCAAAUAAAACGAGUCGAUACAGUUCGAGCAUACACAUUCGGGGCUCUAUACUUCGUCGAGGUUGAUAUUGAGCUACCAGAAGACUUGCCCUUAAAAGAAGCCCAUGCUAUUGGAGAGUCAUUGCAGAUAAAGAUCGAGAUGCUCCCAGAAGUCGAGAGGGCAUUCGUGCAUCUCGAUUUCGAGUGUGAUCAUAAACCCGAGCAUUCGGUUCUCAACAAAUUACCUAAUACUCAGCCUUAACGUUUCGAUGUCGUAUUGAGAUUAUGAUCGAUCUGUAGUUGUAUCUUUUUUUUAGUAUAUGUAUAUGAAAAAUGAUAAAUUUAGGAUCUUUGAUUUCUAAAUUUGAAUGGAGUAUAUAAUUGAGUGUUUAUAGAA